UAUCAUCCAACCAGCGAAACAACGAAGAAAUUACACUACGAAGAAAUUAUUGAAAGUGAUAGCGAUGAAAAUAAUGAUGAAGAAAACACAUCGGUAUUUGAUAGCAUAUCGUCAAGUGAAGAGUGGAUUGAAGUCAAUGAAUCAAACGAUCCUCCAACAACAAUAAAAUUUAGCGUACAUCAUGCAACAACCGGUCCACAAAUACCAAGAGAUGUAAAAGAACCAAUGGACUAUUUUCGAUUAUAUUUUACGGAUGAAUUAGUUGAAAAUAUAAUCAAAGAAACAAACAAAUAUGCUGUGGAAAAAAUAAAAAAGAAAGAACUUUCUUCUAAAUCAUGGCACAUGUGGCGCGAUGUGACCAAAGGAGAAUUUUUUGCUUUCAUCACAGUCGUACUGAAUAUGGGUUUAAUUCAAGUCUCGAAUUUACAAGAAUAUUGGUCUACAGAUGCCAAUAGUAGAAUUUCGUUUUUUCCCGAUACAUUCACCAAGGAUAGAUUUAUGCAAAUCUUUUGGAUGUUGCAUUUAACGAAACCAUGUCAAAGUAAUUCAUCGAUAAAAACUCGCAUUCAAAAAGCGAGUAAUUAUCUCGAAUAUUUGGAUUGUAAAUUUCGGCAGCACUUCAUUCCAGAUAAGGCGAUUUCUGUUGACGAAUCAGUUGUGAAAUUCAAAGGGAGAAUAUCCUUUAUCACAUACAACCCGAAUAAACCAACCAAAUGGGGUAUGCGCAUAUAUUCGCUUUCUGAUUCAAAAACAGGAUAUCAUAUGUAUACCGACAGAUAUUACACCAGCAUUUUCUUGGCCGAAGAAUUACUAAAAAUGAACCUAUGAAUGAAUAUACACCUACCCAAAUCAAAAAGCCAAGGUUUUCAACAAAAAAAAUUGUAGCUUAUCGAAAAAAUGGCAUCACACUCCUCGUAUUAUUGUGACACUUGUCCCAACAAGCCGACGAUACACAUCGGUAAUUGUUUCGAAAUUUACCAUACAAAAAAAAAUUAUAAAUAAAUUAUUAUUUUUUUUGAAAA